AUUUCUGGAGAGAAUGUCACCCUGCCAUGUCUGUAUGUACCUCUCUUGAUGCAUGUCAUUAGCAAACUCUUGUCUGCCUCUGGCUAGUCGUGAAUGCAGUACUGUUCCCUGUGUGUUUUCCCUGCAGGGGGCAGUUGCUAGGGUGACCAGCAUUCCCCCAGCUCAGCCACAAUCACACACACACUGGUUACUAUUGCUUCUAUUGUAUGCAGACUGGAGGUGACAAGCAGGGAAGCCAUCCAAUACACUCUGAAUUCUAACCACACAUUACACACCCACCCUCAGCACAUGCAAGGGGUUAAUCAUCCUGUUGUUUCUAUUUCGCACCGCAAGCUAAUGAACUUUAAGCAUAUGCUUCACAUGAAAGGACAUAGUAUGACCAAAAAAUUCUAUUUGCUUUAAAAAGGAUGCCAAGACUAUAGAGCUUUUUCUUGGAUCAGCCAUGAAUUCUUCCUUUGUUUUCGGCGUCAGAAUGGAGAAGACCUGCGCUAAGUAGCAAGAAUUAGGUCAUAUGAAAUAGAGGAUACUUAGAACAGCGAGUUCCGCCGCUGCUACACAGACUGACAAGAUGGAGAAAUAUGAAAACUUGGGUCUGGUGGGAGAAGGUUCUUAUGGCAUGGUGAUGAAGUGUCGGCACAAGGAAACUGGAAGGAUCGUAGCUGUCAAGAAGUUCCUAGAAAGUGAAGAUGACAAGAUGGUUAAGAAAAUAGCAAUGAGAGAAAUCAAAUUACUGAAGCAAUUGCGCCAUGAAAACCUAGUAAACCUAUUAGAAGUUUGCAAGAAAAAAAAACGGUGGUAUUUAGUCUUUGAAUUUGUGGAUCGGACAGUGCUUGACGACCUUGAACAGUUUCCCAGCGGAUUGGACUUCAACCGAGUACGAAAGUAUUUGUUUCAGAUUAUCAGAGGAAUUGGAUUUUGCCACAGUCACAAUAUCAUCCAUCGGGACAUAAAGCCAGAAAACAUAUUGGUUUCUCAUUCUGGUGUGGUAAAAUUGUGUGAUUUUGGUUUCGCUCGUACAUUGGCUGCCCCAGGGGAGGUUUACACAGAUUAUGUGGCCACACGAUGGUACAGAGCUCCAGAGCUUUUGGUUGGGGACAUCAAGUACGGCAAAGCUGUUGAUAUAUGGGCAAUUGGCUGCUUGGUAACAGAAAUGCUGACUGGGGAACCACUUUUUCCUGGGGACUCCGAUAUCGAUCAAUUAUACCAUAUUAUUAAAUGCCAAGGUAACCUAACACCACGACUUCAGGAUCUCUUCUACAAGAACCCACUAUUCGCCGGAGUGACCUUGCCAGAAAUUAAAGAGGUCGAACCUCUUGAAAGACGAUAUCCUAAGCUUUCUUCUGUCAUAUUAGAUUUAGCCAAGAAUUGCUUACAAAUUGACCCAGACAAGAGGCCCCACUGUGUGACUUUGCUGCAGCAUGACCUGUUUAAGAAGGAUGGAUUUUCGGACAGGUUUUCCCAGGAAGUCAGUGCAAAAGUCCAGAAGCUUUCCAAAGACAAUCAACUACAACCUAAGAAAACAAAGAAUGUUAAGAAAGAAAAAGAUGAUUAUCCAGGUGAAAAGAAAGCCCUGGCACUACAGGAUUUUAAUAUCGAUCACAAAGUGAAGGAGACUAAACCUUUAAAGGUGAAAAUCAUUAAAAUGGAUUCCGAAAAGGCUGAGAAAACUGAUACGGCAUCUAAUGCCAGUGGUUUAUUUACUGGUACCACUAAUCAGGGAAGGACAAUACCUUAUGUCACACUAAAAGAGUCAAGCAACAGCCUAGAUCAUCAUAAAAGCCCAGCUGGGAUGAUUCCUCCAAUAAGCUACAAUCUCACUGCCAUUUCUCCACAUUUAUCUUCCAAUGCCACUGCAUCAUCUGGCUCCAGCCAUGUUAGUUUCAGGGCAGAAGAAAAGAGUAAAAUAUAUGUAAGCAGUUUCAAAUUAAAUGGAGGAAGACCUUCCCAAGGAAAUUCUUAUAAUCCAAAUGUUUCAAGUCUGGUUGCCAAUGAAAAGAGCCUUCUUCAACUAAACAAGAAAAAAUGGGAGUUUUCAAGAGCUGACAUGAGGCUGCCUGAGUUGAGCUAUGGUCAUUUACCAGAACUUAAAGGCACAGAGGGAUAUAAUUUCUAUAGUGUUCGCAGUUCAAAGUUGGGAAAGAAAGAGAACAAGACAAUCCCAGACUCCCGCAUCCCUUCUCUUGCUACAGUUGAUACUCAUAAUUCAAACACAGCCUUACCACAGUUUUCAGGGAACGUAUUACCUGACACCCUGGAUAUCACAGAAGCAAAUUUCCCACCAGUAGAACACUAAAGGAUCAUUUAAAAUAGGUUCACUUGACUAAAACAAUUUGGACCCCUCCAAUUUACAUUAACCGCAAUUAAUGUAAAAUAAGUGUUCCUAAAUAAUGAUCAUUAUGAAACAUCUGGGACCUUAUCUUGGAUACCAAAUGCUAAUCUAUUCAGAAUAACAUUACAAUUGAUUUUAAAAGACUUUAUUUUACUGAAUGAUGCAUGAAGGAUGACAUUGGUUUGCCUCUGAUUAAAGACAAGUCAACAUUUUUUUUUUUUUUUUUACUUUUGUAUAUCGGAAAAAAAAGCUUGCAGCUAGAAGAAAAUUGUAUUGAAUGACUAUAUAUACUUGGAGCUCUGUGGACUAAGGAAUCAGAUAAGUCUCAAUCUGAACUACAUUCUAAAACCAAGUGUGUAUAGUAAUGUAAUAUGCACUCUUUCCUUCAAAUGUAUUCAUUCCAAGGAUGAACUCACUAUCAGACAACAUUUACUCUCUUUUAUUUCAUAAGGAACUAAAUAUUCAGACACAAUAAUAUAUUCAAAAUCAAGUGCAAGAAGCAAUGAUGGUGUAUGUAGUGCAAUAACACAGUAUAUUUAUAAAGGUCAAA